AUGGCCUCCCAGGAACCCCGUUAUGUGGCAGUUGCUCAGCGCAAGCAAGCAGACCUUGCUGCAGCUAUCCCUGCAGAAUGGCGCCUGCCCUCACACCUCAUCCCUAGUGGGAUGCUCUCAAUCUCCGAGUCGAUCACCGUUGGCCCAAAGAAUUACGAGCGAGUCGGGGUGAUGGAUAUUCCACGCACAUGUGGUAUACUUACACCUAAAGAGUUGGAAAUAACAGAGAAAUACGAUGUACGGAGCCUUGUGGCAGAAAUGACAGAAGGCCGGUUGAAGGCCGAGGACGUGGUGCGAGGGUUUUGCAAGAGAGCAGCCGUCGCCCAGCAACUCACUCGCUGUCUAACCGAGCCGCUCUUCGACUGCGCCUUGCAACGAGCCCGAGAGCUGGAUGAUCACCUCCAGCGCACGGGCACCCCGAUAGGCCCCUUACAUGGUCUUCCGGUGUCGGUGAAGGACACAUUUAAUAUAAAAGGCGUGGACUCAAGCAUUGGAUUAUCCGCCCUAGCAUUCAAGCCUGCAAAAGCGAAUGCCCCGCUAGUAGAUCUGCUGCAGUCUUUAGGUGCGGUAGUGAUCGCCAAGACAAAUGUACCACAAACACUCGGAACAUUGGAUAGCUGCAACCACCUUUUCGGACGCACGCUGAACCCUCUCAACCGUAAAUGGACAGCCGGCGGCAGCACCGGCGGAGAGGGCGCGUUGCUCGCCAUGCGCGGGUCUAUGGUCGGUUUUGGCACGGAUAUUGGUGGUAGCAUCCGCGUGCCAGCUAUGUGCCAGGGUAUCUACGGGUUCAAGCCGAGUAGCGGACGCGUGCCAUUUGGAGGCCAGCAGAGCGGCCAGAUUGAAGGUAAGGGCCGGAUAGGGUUGCAAGCAGUGGCUGGCCCGUUGGCUCGCUCUGUUGCGGAUAUCAACGCCAUCAUGACGGAGAUCGUCCCACGCGCGGAGCUGUUCGGCGAAGAUUGCAUUCCGGGGCCAUGGUCGGUACCAGCCAUACCGCUUGCUCCCGCUCCUCGGCACAGCUUUACUAUUGGUGUUCUCAAGACUGAUGGUCUGGUCACACCUCUACCCCCGAUCACGCGAAUUCUGAACGAAGUCGCCAACAGCCUCCGCCGUACCCCCGGCGUCGAGGUCGUGGAGAUUCCGCUUCCGCCGGUCCUAGCUAAAUGCCAAGCCCUAGCGGGUCGGCUGAUGGGCAUUGACGAUGGGUCGCAUAUGCUCGACCUGAUUGAGAGCAUGGACGAAGACCUCAUUCCCUGGCUGCAAGGUCGAAUGAAGCGCGGUAAGGCCUUGACCGUGGUUCAACUGGCGACGCUGCAGGCUCAGCGCUCUGAGAUUGAGAGGGAAAUGAUGAAGAUGUGGACUUUGUCGUCACAGGCUUCGUCUGUCGUCCGACGCGUUGACGCCAUAAUUUGUCCCGUGGCGCCCCACCCGGUGCCGGAGAUGGACCGCUACAAUGCCGUGGGAUACACCUCGACCUUUGUGCUGCUAGACUAUCCGGCUGCCUCUGUUCCUGUCCGCUCGUUCACAGACGCUGAUCUGGAGAUUGGGCGCGAAAUGGAGGCACCGGUGUUGGGGAGUUGGGAUAAGGCCAAUCGGCAGCUGUGGGACGAGAAAACGGUUGACCGUCGAGUGUACCUCGGGUCGCCUCUCAGUGUGCAGGUUGUCACUCCCAAGCAGCACGAUUAUCAGCUUUUCCAGGCCAUGGAGAUUGUUGACCGGGCUGUACAGAGCGGGGGUUCAGCCAGUGCGAAGCUGUAG